AUGCCGAAGAACAAGGGAAAGGGAGGCAAAAACCGCCGUCGUGGUAAGAACGACAAUGAGGGCGAGAAGCGCGAGUUAGUCUUUAAGAUGGAGGACCAGGAGUACGCCCAGGUGUUGCGUAUGCUUGGAAACGGCCGCCUGGAAGCCUACUGUUUCGACGGUAACAAGCGUCUUUGCCACAUUAGGGGCAAGAUGCGUAAGAGGGUGUGGGUGAACGCCGGUGACAUUAUCCUGGUGUCCCUCCGCGACUACCAGGACAGCAAGGCUGACGUAAUCGCAAAGUACACUCCCGACGAGGCUCGUUCGCUAAAGGCGUACGGCGAGCUGCCGGAGUCUACGAAGAUCAACGAAACAGACUUGUACGACGAGGAGGGAGACGGUGGAAUUGACUUCCAGGACGUCUCGUCUGAGUCCGAGGAGGAAGACGGCAAGGCCGACGACAAGUUCGACAUUGACGAUCUCUGA